UCUUUCAUGUACUGAAAGGAAAGCAUCAUAAAAUUAAGAAGAAUUAAGAAGAAGAAGAAGAAGAAGAGAUGACAUUAGUUUGGUCUCCAGAAACAGCUUCUAAAGCAUAUCUUGACACCAUACAAACAUGUGGAAUAUCAAGUAAAACCAGCAUCGCCGAAUUUUUAUCAGCCAUGGCUGCAGGAUAUAACUCAACAUUAAUAGUUGAAGCAUGGACGAAACAUGAAGAUCUUGACAUCACCACAAGCAUAGGAUUAGCCAUUGCCGCGAAACAUACGCAUGGGAGGCACGUAUGCAUGGUUGCAGACGAAGCUUCAAGAGUAAAGUACGUCAGUGCCAUGCAGAAAUUAUCAUCAGCUGACGUGUCGUUGCCGGAGGUCGUCGUGGGAGUACUACAGGUGGAGGAGAUAACUAGAAAGAUGAAUAAUCCCAUUGUUUUUCUGGUUGUUGGUGGUGGUGGGAGAAGCAGAGACUUUGUUAAAGCUUUAAUAACUAGUGUCAAAUUGAACCAACAUGGAGCAAUCUUAGCAUUCAAAAGGAAUACUAGUACUACGUUGAGCUGGAAAGAGGUCAUCCUUGAUAUUACAAAACUAAGUGUUGUGAGAUCAAUAACACUACCAUUUGGAUCAUAUGGAUUAGAGAUUGCUUAUAUAGCAAGUAAUAUUAUUAGAAAUACAAAGUCCAAAUAUAAUCCCAAACGUUGGAUUAGGCAUGUUGAUCAAGAAUCAGGUGAAGAACAUUUGAUCCGACGAUGAAUAUAUAUCAUAGUAAGUAUAUAUCAAAUACGAGACAAUUUUCUCUUUCUUUGUACA